UAAUCAUAUCUAAUCAUGAUCGUACAUAAAGGGUGCGAAUUUAAUGUUUGUAUUGUAAUUGUAAUUUGUAAUAUUAUUGUAUUUGUUUCAGUUAUUGGUUUACUUUGACUGUCCCAAUCGAGUUUGGGACUGUGCCGAGACACAAAAAGGUCUUUGAUUUUGAUUUACAAUUUUUUUUCUUCUCCAAUUAAAUACUUUUUGGUUUAUUAUUAUUAUUAUUUCAAUUUAUAAACGGGCUUUUGGUUUGGUAGAUGAUAGAGGUUUUUUUUUGUUCUAAUGUUGGUCAUACGAUAGGGUUCCCCAAUUUGCUUUCUUUCUUUGACUUUGUGAAUAUUGAUUCGAUUUGGGGGCGUGGAUUUUUCUUCUGAUUUCUUCGCCAAGUUCGGGUUUUUGACCAAUUGGGUCGCUGAUUCUCGCCUCACCUUGAUCUGGGUCGUUCCCUUUUCUUCAAUUUCAGAGUUGUGUUGUGUUGUUCCCAAUUCUUGAGGGACAAAGGCUGAAACUUUGAUUCCUAUCUUCUUUUCUGGGUUUGAUUUUUCAUCUUGGAGAGUCCUUAGAGGCAUUGGGGUGGGGAGAGUAGAAGAAGAAGCUAUUGUUGUAGUGUGCUGUUAGUUGUGACAAGUGGUGGUGGUGGUGUCUUUUUUUUUUCCUUCUGAUAUAUUAUUUGGAGGAGUUUGGUUACACAUGAUGUUCCAUUCUCAGGGUGUGUCAAGACAUUGUAGUCUCCUUGCUGUCCUGAGUGGUAAAUCACGUGACAUUAAGCAAAAGCAGAAGCAGGGUAAUGCUUCUGAGGAUCAAUUUCCUUAUCCCUUUCCAGAACUUUCUUCCUCUGGUCGUCUUGAGGUCAAGGUAUUGAUCGAACCUACGGCUGAUGAACUCGGUCUAGCUCUUGAACAACUGCAGCCGGAUUUUGUUUACCUGCAAGGUCAGCAGCUAGAAGAUAGGGGAGAAAUUGGGCCUCUUGGAUGGGAAGAUUUUGACUUGUCUGUCCCAGAAGCAUUGUGUGGAUUGUUUUCUUCCAAAUUACCUAAUACUGUUUAUUUGGAAACUCCAAAGGGAGAAAAAUUGGCAGAGGCACUUCGUAGUAAGGGAGUUCCAUACACUAUCUAUUGGAAAAACGAUUUUUCAAAGUAUGCAGCUUCACAUUUUCGACAUUCUUUAUUCUCUGUGGCACAGAGUACAUCCAGCCAUACAUGGGAUGCUUUCCAGCUAGCUCUGGCAUCUUUUAGACUAUACUGUAUACACAACAAUGUCUUACCUUCUAACUGCCAUAAGGGUGCUGGAAAGCUCGGGCCACAAAUUCUUGGGGUUCCUCCCAACAUUGAUGUCAGUCCAUGUGUAGCAGACAUGAAGGAAGAGGAAGAAGAUUCACCGGAGACAAUUUCUGCUGUAAAGAUAUAUGACGAUGAUGUGAACAUGAGAUUUCUUAUUUGUGGAGUUCCCUGCACAUUGGAUGCUUGCUUGUUGGGGUCAUUAGAGGAUGGACUCAAUGCUCUUCUAUUUGCAGAAAUACGCGGAUGCAAACUUCACAACAGGACAAGUGCAACACCGCCACCUCUCCAGGCAGGAACAUUCUCACGUGGUGUAGUGACUAUGCGUUGUGAUAUAUCAACAUGUAGUUCUGCUCAUAUAUCACUUUUGGUGUCUGGUAGUGCAGACACUUGUUUUAAUGAUCAGCUUUUGGAGAAUCAUAUUAAAAAAGAGCUGAUUGAGAAGAGUCAACUUGUCCAAGCAUUUCCUAAUCAUGAACAAAGUAAAGCACCUUCCUCUGAGCCUCGAAGAUCAGCCUCAGUAGCCUGUGGAUCUAGUGUGUUUGAAGUUUGUAUGCAAGUUCCUGCAUGGGCUUCACAGGUUCUGAGACAGCUUGCACCCAAUUUGUCAUACCGCAGCCUUGUUAUGUUGGGAAUUGCUAGUAUUCAGGGAUUGCCAGUUGCAUCGUUUAAUAAAGAUGAUGCCGAACGCCUUCUUUUCUUUUGUACUAGGCAGGAGAAAGAAAACUGUCCCAACGAUCAUGUUUUCUCUGGUAUUCCAAGUUGGCUGAAGCCUCCAUCAACCAGUCGAAAAAGAUCUGAACCAUGCUCUAGUUCAAAGUCUAUUAAUGAUAGUGGCCGGGGAGUUGAAGCCAUUGGCAGUCAUAGACAGAAAUUUAAUCUUGCUUCUAUGAGGCCAAUCCCUCACUCUAAUAGACACAAGAUUCUCCCCUUUUCUGGAUUGUCUGAGGGUACAAGAUAUGAUGGAGAUCAUGGAAAAUCAAAUCUACCACUUGCUCCUAUUAAGCAUAAUGUUUCAGGCCCUACUUCAGUUACAAAUAGGAAAUCUGUGUCGAACUCAUUUCAAGCUCACCAGAUUAUUUCUUUGAAUCCACUACCUAUGAAAAAGCAUGGUUGUGACAGAGCUCCAAUACGAGCUUGCUCUGAGGAGGAAUUCUUGAGGGAUGUAAUGCAGUUUUUGAUACUUCGGGGGCAUAAUCGUCUAAUUCCGCCUGGUGGACUUGCUGAGUUCCCAGAUGCCAUUUUGAAUGCGAAACGCCUUGACCUGUUCAACUUGUAUAGGGAGGUGGUUUCAAGAGGAGGCUUUCAUGUUGGAAAUGGUAUCAAUUGGAAAGGGCAAGUUUUCUCAAAGAUGCGCAAUCACACUAUGACAAAUAGAAUGACAGGUGUUGGCAAUACACUCAAAAGACAUUAUGAAACUUAUCUCUUAGAAUAUGAAUUAUCUCAUGAUGACGUAGAUGGAGAGUGCUGCUUGAUGUGUCACAGUAGCGCAGCAGGUGACUGGGUGAACUGCGGCAUAUGUGGUGAAUGGGCUCAUUUUGGCUGUGAUAGGCGGCAGGGACUUGGAGCAUUUAAGGACUAUGCUAAAACCGAUGGGCUGGAGUACGUUUGUCCCCGCUGCAGUGCGUUAAAAUUCAGCAAAAAAUCCCAAAAAACUGCAAAUGGUUUUUAACAACUAACACAGGUCAAACAUUGCUGGCCCAGAGCAAAAUGUACAUUGCAAGUGCUAGAUAGAUUUAUUUACACAUCCAUUGUGCUUGGACCCUUGUCUCAAUUGGUAAGGGUAGGUUUCUAAGGACUGUAAUUGUUUCACUUAUGUUAAAGCUGUAGAGUUUUGACAUGCUAUGGUCACCUCACAUCUCAAACUUGCCUAUUUUAUUUUGUCAAAGGUACUCAUACCUAGUACAAAAUGGGUGUCGUCUUGUCAUAGGUAUUCAUUGCAAUUAUCAUUAUUAUUAUUAUUAUUAUUAUUA